AGAGGCUAUUAUACUUUGUAGAUCGAAGAGCAGAUCAGAGAAGGAGGUCGAAGUUCAAUAAGCUGGUUUGAAAGUUUAGUUUUGCACUAGAUAGGUUGCAAACUCAGGUCUCUUGAGUUCCUUCAGCUUCGCAAUGUCAUCCAAAUUUGAAAAUGAGCUCGAUCCGUGAAAGAUUCAAGGUGGACAUGAAGAAAUGAGGCAUUGGAAUGGCAACAACCGGCGACGAAAGAAGAGAUGAAGAGUUUGGGGAAGGAAGAAAUAGAGGGACUCGGGAUCUGUAAUUAGAUGGCGGAGGAGAGAUAGCGAAGCGACAAGAGAGCGAUGGACAGGUAAGAUGAGGAGCAACAAAAUGAGAGAGCCAGAGCCACAAUUGCACGAGAAGAAAGAAAAAAUAAUGAGAAUAUCAUGCUCAAUUGUAAUAUUAGGCACCAGUUAUUUAAUGCUCACAUAUCACAUUUAUAUUUAAAAAGUUACAAAAAGAGCUUCUCAUUAUUUUCAUGCCAUUUUGAAAGUUCUCUUACAAAGCGCAUUUCAUCUUAACGUUCCAAAAGUUAAAAAGCACUCUUGGGAUGUGAAAUGUUCAGUUUCCAAACGCACCCUCUUGCCAUCGAACAAGGGUUUCAGAUUCAUCAUCUGGGGCCGGAAAAACCUCGAGCUUAAGUGGAUUUGAUUAUUUGAAGGCUUUGCUUCUGAUGCCAAACGCUCAUAUUUCAGCCAUUGUCGCCUCCUUCUGAAUUGAAGUUGAAGUUUUUAGCUGAUCUUGCCUCCACGGUCAGCGUCAGAGGCUUGCCGUUCCUCGCUUUUCUCUGUUGGUGUGUUUUGUUGCUUUGCGGCGCCUCCUAUCGUUGAACGAAGAGUCCUCUUAUGUCCAUGAUUUAGGGAUUUGGUAUAUAAUCUCAGAUGGCUUGAAAGCCCAGACAUUCUAGCGCUAUAAUCUUAAUGAAGCUUAUGCUUACUCGUAGAACCCUAUCUAAUCCUUUUCUUCUGAGAAAUCAGAGCUUCUGUAAAUCAUCCUUGUCCAAGACCCGCAAUGAUGAUGAGAAUGAUGACUCUCAUUUUGUCUCUAAGCUUUCGGAGAUCGUUCGAGGGAAACAGAGUUGGAAAGUGGCUUUCAGUGAUUUCUUGAUUUCAAGCAAAUUGAGACCUCAUCAUGUUGAAGAAGUCUUGAUACAGACCAUUGAUGACCCCAAGUUAGCUUUGAGGUUCUUCAAUUUUUUGGGUUUGCACAAAAAUUUCAAACAUUCCCCGGCCUCGUUUUCUAUUUUGGUUCAUGCUCUUGUGCAGGCGAGGCUUUUCUGGCCUGCUAAUUCGCUGUUGCAGACCCUCUCCCAACGACAGUUAGAACCAAAAGAGGUUUUUGCUAAUUUUUUGGAUUCUUACAAGAAUGGCAAUUUUUCGUCCAUUUCGGGUUUUGAUUUAUUGGUUCAAAAUUAUCUACAAAGUAGGAAAGCUGUUGAUGCGGUGAAGAUUGUAAAUCUCAUGAUAGUGAGCGGCUUGUUGCCUGAAGGUAGAACAUUCAGUGCCCUUUUAAACGAACUUUUGAAGAUUAGAAAAUUUAUACUGGUUUGGGAGCUAUUUAACGAAUCUGUGAAUGCUGGUUUUGAACCUGAUAUUUAUACUUGCACUGCUGUUAUCCGGAGUCUGUGUGAAUUGAGAGAUUUUGCUAGAGCCAAGGAAAAUAUUAUGCGGAUGGAAUCAAAUUGGUUAAGUCCAAGUAUUGUACUUUAUAAUGUAUUAAUUCAUGGCCUAUGCAAGAGUGAACGUGUUUGGGAUGCUGUUGAUGUCAAAAGAUCAUUGAGCGAAAAGGGUCUCAAAGCAGAUGUGGUUACGUACUGUACACUAAUACUUGGUCUGCGUAGAGUGAAAGAAUUUGAGGCUGGAGUGAUUUUUAUGGAUGAAAUGAUUGAAUCUGGUUUUGUUCCUACUGAGGCAGCUAUAUCAGGAAUAGUGGAGGGUCUAAGAAAGCAAGGAAAGAUUCAUGCUGCUUAUAAUGUUGUAAUAAAGGUAGGAAGACUUGGUUCGCUACCAAAUUUGUUUGUUUAUAAUUCACUUAUCAAUUCUUUGUGUAAAGAUGGAGAUUUAGAUAAGGCAGAAUCACUGUAUCAUAGGAUGUUCUUGAUGAACUUGCAUCCCAAUGAUAUCACAUACUCUAUUCUUAUUGAUUCAUUUUGCAGAAGGGGAAGAUUGGAUGUUGCUAUGUCUUAUUUUGAUAAAAUGAUAGAAUCUGGUAUAAAAGUAACAGUAUAUCCCUACAAUUCUUUGAUAAAUGGCCAAUGCAAUUAUGGGAAUUUGAGUGUUGCUGAGUCUCUGUUCGCUGAGAUGAUCAAUAAAGGGUUGGAGCCAACUGUCACAACCUUUACACCAUUGAUUAGUGGAUAUUGCAAGGAUCAACAACUACAAAAGGCAUUUAAAAUAUAUAAUGAGAUGAUUAAGAAAGGAAUUGCUCCUAAUGUUUACACUUUCACUGCACUUAUUUCUGGGCUCUGUAGUGCUGAUAAAAUGUUUGAAGCAAGCCAACUUUUUGUUGAAAUGAUAGAACGGAAGGUGCUUCCGAAUGAGGUGACAUACAAUGUAAUGAUUGAAGGGUACUGUAGAGGAGGUAACAUUGAUAGGGCCUUUGAAUUGCUAGAAGAGAUGCUUCAAAGGGGCCUUGUACCAGACACAUAUACUUACAGGCCUCUUGUUCAUGGCCUUUGUUCUGCUCAUAGGGUUUCUGAAGCCAAAGAUUUCAUUGAUAGUCUCCACAAGAAGGGCCUGAAGUUAAAUGAAAUGUGCUAUGGUGCUCUUCUACAGGGUUAUUGCCAAGAAGGAAGGUUGAUGGAGGCAUUGAGUGCGUCACAGGAAAUGAUCAAGAGAGGAAUCAACAUGGAUAUGGUUUGCUAUGGUGUACUUGUUGAUACUUCUCUGAAGCAGCAAGACAUGAAAACAUUAUUUGAUCUCUUAAAGAAAAUGCAUGAUCAAGGAUUGAAGCCUGAUGGCAUAAUGUAUACAAGUAUAAUUGACACUUACAGCAAAGCAGGAUCUUUUGAGAAGGCUUUUGAAUGUUGGAAAUUGAUGAUUGCUGAGGAAUGCUUUCCAAAUGCUGUGACUUAUACUGCUUUGAUUAAUGGCUUAUGCAAGGCAGGGGAAAUGGACAGAGCGGCACUUAUUUUUAAAAAAAUGUUGGGUGCCAAUGUGCUUCCAAAUUCAGUUACAUACGGUUGUUUUCUUGAUCAUCUCACAAAGGAGGGAUACAUGAAGGAAGCAGUAGGGCUUCACAAUGCAAUGCUUAAGGGCCUUUUGGCAAACACUGUGACAUAUAAUAUUCUUAUCCGUGGCUUCUGUAAAUUGGGUAAAUUUUCAGAAGCCACCAAGAUUCUUUCUGAAAUGUCUAAAAAUGGUGUUUUCCCAGACUGUGUUACCUAUUCAACAUUUAUUUAUGAGUAUUGCAGAAGGGGUGAUAUAGGAGAAGCAGUUAAGUUAUGGGAUGCCAUGCUAAAUAAAGGUCUAAAGCCUGAUAGGAUGGCAUAUAACUUUCUGAUAUAUGGUUGUUGUGUUAAUGGACAUCUCAACAAGGCACUUGAGUUGCGUGAUGACAUGAUAAUGAGAGGAAUGAAGCCAAGCUGGGUCAUAUAGAAUCUCUUUAUUGUAGAGAUGUGGUUGAAAGUUAGAAAGCCCUUCUGAAAUGGUGGUUGACACUUGAAGUUAGCCUGGAAUUCAGGCAAAAAAGGGGCGAGCCUGGAAUUGUGGCUGCAGUUUUCGGUAAUCCCUUUUCGAUGAGCCUUGAAAAAGCUCCUCAAGCUGUGGCAUUUCUGAUUUCAAAUAGUAAGCGGCGGCAUGUGCCACAUUGACAUUGUCAUGCGGAAAGGGACUUUCAUUGAGGGAUUUUUUACCCAUAUUCCGUAUGCUGUUCUGCAGUAACUUCUGAUGUUGACCUCACUACAGAUCUCUUUGCUCAAAGGCUUCUUGGCACUUGACAGAGUUCUCUCCUUCCUCAUCUUGGCCUCUCAAGUAUCAAUUCUUCUAUUUCUCCUGUGUUCUGUGUUUUAGUCUGUUCUGUUCUUCCUUCUUUUAGUCUAUAAUGUGCUGUUUAGGGUAGAUUAAGAAACUUUUAUCAAUUCAAACUUUAUAUAAGCUAUGACAUAGAAGAGUUUAGAUCACCUGGAUUAAAAAAUUUAAUUUAUGCAUGAUGCUGAGAGGUUCUUAUAUUUUGUUUUACAGUUAAGAUGCGAAUUUAUCCCUAAUGAAUUUUGCAAUGAGGUAUUUGCAUCAAACACUUCAGUAUGAUUCAAUUUUACUCAUGAAUCCUACAAAAAAAGUUGCAAUAAUACCUCAUAUGUAAUGAAAGCCAAAAAUCUGUUGGGUAAGGGUUGUGAGUCUUGCCUACAAUGUCGAGUGUAAGUGGGUUAUGGGCAAAAAUAUUCAGGAAGUAAGACAUCAUGGUGUAAUUUACUAAUUUUGCCCAUCAAUUCUAAAAGCGAUACACAAGUAAAGAAAGGUACAUGUUAUCAAAUGUUGACUGUAGAAAUAUUGAUAUUUUGUUGGAUUCAAAGUGUAAAUAUGAAAAUAUGUGUUCAAAUAUUUUUCUAACCGGUAGAAAUUAGCCGUAGGCACAUGUUAUUUUGUCAAACAUCAUAGUUACAUAACACCCUUGAUUCAAAACCCAUACUCCUGCAUCUCUCUUCUCUUCCCGAGUUAAUUCAAACCGUCUUCCCUCUCUCUUGGUUGUAAAAUGCGACGAAAUAAAAUAUCAUACUUAAGGCUUGUGCUAAUUAGGAUAAAUUUGAGCACAUAUUUUCUUUUUACAUUUCAGGUAAAAUAAAAUUUCAAUUAUUUUGAUAUUCACAGACAAUGUCAACAUAUGCCUUUGUUUUGUGUCAAGAGUUUUACACCAUUUUUUUUUGGGUAAAAUCGCAGCAUAAUAUAAUACAUUAUAGAUAGCUUUGCUCCUAAUCUACUUGCAAUUUGCACUUAGCAUAGUAAGUAAAACCUACAAUUCUUAACAAACGUUUGGUCCCUUAUAAAUUGGGAAUUUUUGCACUACUUUUAAGGCUUCGUGAAUAAAAUUGUAUCAUACUUGAAUUAAAAUACCAGUAACUCCUUGCAGAAUUCUUUAUAAGUAGAUUUGCAUCUUAACCCUUUGUUGUAAUACAAUUAGCAGUACAUCCCAGACCAUUUUGUGAGCACACAGUGAAAUUUAAUCCUAUGCCUGCAGUAUUUUUUCUUUUAAAUAAAUUAUCUAUGGAUUAAACUAAGUCUUCUUUUGAUAUUUAAAAUUAAAAUACACUCCUUUAUUUAUAAAAACUAUAAAGACAGGAAGUGCACUCUGGCGGGGGGGAAAAAGAGGUAGAUGCACAAGAGUGUUCUUUAUGCAAGAUAUGCUACACUUCUACUUUAAUCAAAGAUGGUGAUCGGAAUUGAUAGAUUGAUAGGAUCUGUUUAGCAUACCGGACGGUACACAAUGAAAUACAGGAUAGAAUGAAAGAAGUAGAUGAGAAUAUAUAAACAAUUUUUGUAAAGUUAUUUUAAAAUGCGACAAAAAGAAUAUUAUUGAGUAAUAAUAACCGAAACGUAAUGACCAUAACAAAAGAUUUCAAGGGUGAGAAUUUCGUUCCUUUGCCUUUACUAAAUAAGGCAAAAGGGUUUGAAAAAAUGGAUGGAAAAAUGCAAUAGCAUCAUUUCACUACUAAGUUUUAUUUAUAUGACAGAGAGAAGAUUAAUUUUAAUCUUAUUUAUGAAAUAUUUUAUUAUUUUUUAUAUCUGUUUUUAUCUUUUUAUUCUUAUUAAAUGUUAAAAAAUUAUUAAAAUUAUUUCUUUUUUAUCUUUAUUAUAUAUUAGAACUUAGAAGUGAAAAUUUAUUAAACAUCAAAACAAAAUUAGUGAAAUUUAAAUUUUUUCUUAAUUUUGAUGAAAUAUACUAAAAGUAAUUUGUAAAUGGGAUCAAAGGAGGCAUGUUUUUAUUUCCUCAUAAAUUAACAUUUUACAAAAACUAACAUAUUCUUGUAUGUGGUAAAAAGCCAAGAGCAUCUACAGUUUAAAUUGAGCGGUUGACAGUUAUAUGAAACCCAAGGCCUAGUAUGUAUCAUGUUAUUUCAGGUUGCUCAACUCGUUCACCAAUCACCAUGCAAUGUGCAGCAACUGAACGAAUACAUUUCAAGGCAGAGGAACAUAGCCAAUGAACUAAGGCAGUUUGAUAUGGUGUCAAUUCACAACUUGCAUCCCCAUAAUCCAAAAUAGAAGAAAAAGGAAUUUUUAUGUGAUUAUCUGUUCGCGGACAACCAUAUCGGUUAAAAAAGUUCACCUUUUUCCCCCUUUUUACGCUUAUGUAGUUUCAAGGUCCUGGUAUUUAAACGGGAGCUUGACUUGCUUGAGUAUAUCUGCAUUAAGAGCU